GCAAAUUGGUGCUGGCGGCAGUGCAGGAUUCAUCGAAGUUUGUAUUAUGCAUCCACUGGAUUUGGUGAAGACGAGGCUGCAACUACAAGCCAGCAAGCCCAAGGGUUUGGGCGCGUCCGAUCCGCAUUAUUAUACCGGCAUUGCUGAUUGUUUCAAGAAAAUGUACAAGUACGAAGGUCUGACUUCAUUCUGGAAAGGAAUCCUACCACCAAUUCUAGCAGAAACACCUAAAAGAGCUGUUAAAUUCCUCACUUUCGAGCAGUAUAAAAGGUUUUUCAUGUUUGGCUCCUCUACACCAACACCUUUAACUUUUGCCCUAGCUGGUCUAGGCGCGGGAAUUACAGAAGCCAUAUUAGUAAAUCCAUUUGAAGUGGUCAAAGUCACCCUUCAGUCUAACAAACAACUAGCGGCGCAAAUGCCAAGUACAUGGGCUGUGACUAGAGAAAUAGUAAGAGAUAGUGGCCUGGGCAUGAGAGGCCUGAAUAAAGGUCUUUUUGCGACAGUGGCAAGAAAUGGAUUGUUCAACAUGGUGUACUUUGGUUUCUAUCACAGCGUGAAAGGCUAUGUUCCCGAAUCUCAGGAUCCAGUUCUUGAGUUCGGGCGCAAAGUAGCAAUCGGUUUCACGUCCGGAGUACUCGGUUCCUGCGUCAACAUACCUUUCGACGUUGCGAAGAGCCGGAUACAAGGCCCGCAGCCAAUUCCCGGUGUGAUCAAGUACAAUUCCACUGUUGGCACUGUCGUACUCGUUUAUAGAGAAGAAGGAUUCCGCGCCCUGUACAAAGGUCUUGUGCCAAAAGUUUUGCGGCUCGGCCCGGGGGGUGCCAUAAUGCUCGUCGUAUACGACUACGUGUACCAUUACCUGGAAAGUAAAUUUGUGGACAAGAAUUGAACACUCAAGUAAUAAUUAGAUAUAGUAAUAAGUACACAUAAAAAUGAAAAGAUAACAUUGUUCUUUUGAAGUAAACUAUGACCGUAAAGACAUCGGAACGUACAGAGUCCAUCUAACGGUGAUACACCACAAAAGUAAAUUAAUUGUUCAUUGUUUUACAUUGGACUUGAUUAAAGCUAAGAGCAGUUACACACGGGAACUUUUCGCGUCUAACGCGAUUCAGUCGCUAAUCGUCUAUCAUUACAUACACGCACGACUUAAGCAGCGAUAAAAAUCGCGAUAUAAAUGGGAGCACAUUUUUAAUGAUGUAACUAACAUAAGCGACUUUUGUCGCGCGUUUUACCGCUAUUAAAAGGCACCGUGUGUAGCCUCUCUAAGUUAACUCGUUUAAAAACU